AUGGAAAAAAUCACGAGGCAAGAACAGUUGAGGUCUACAAGGACAAGUCGUGUGCCAUCGGAACCAAACAUAGAAGAAGAUCAUGUUGUUGUUCUGGUACGACACGUCACGCUCGGUAUUGUAAGCCGCAUAUUUUUGGAAAACGCAACAUCUCUGGCUCAAAUUUACGACUGGAUCGGGUCUCUCCAGUUAGUUCUCGAGUAUUUUAGACUUGUUUCCCCUAUUUCUGGAAAAGUUUUGUUGCCGGAGAAUCCGAUCACAAAUGCGGCCAAAUUCGUUUUGAAUAUGUGUGAAACGGAAGACGCACUUUCGCUAGUCCAUGAUGAUAGUGAGAUAAACGCAAUUGGCUAUGCACAAAAGGUUUUUGAAGUCAAUAUUUCUGAACAUUUUCCAGAUAAUUUUAUGGAAGAAGAUGAAGAGGAUAACGUUGGUACAAAAGUGAGUAUCAUGAUUUCAGCACACUAA